UCGCCUGCCACGCGUGGGGCACAGUAUGGGGAGGCGCUCCUGCUGUCGUCGGCGCUUGCCGAUGGUGGCAAGUCUGGGUGCUGCGCUCCUGUUCCUGUGCGCGCUCCUCCUUCUGCGUCUCGGAUUUAAAAACAAAGCCCUGGGCUCCAGCUGGUUUGGAGGAGUGAGGAAGAGUCCCCUACAACUGUUGCACGACCUGGACCAGGGUCAGCGUUCUGUGAUGGCCGAGGUGCACCAGCAGCGGCGCCAGCUGCUACACCGCGCCUGCAGCCGCCACACACGACGCCAGCGCCUGCUGCAGCCAGAGGACCUGCGGCAUGUGCUGGUGGACGACGCGCACGGGCUGCUGUACUGCUAUGUGCCCAAGGUGGCCUGCACCAACUGGAAGCGCGUGCUGCUGGCGCUGCGUGGCCGUGGGGACCCUGGCUCCAUCCCUGCGCACGAGGCGCAUGCGCCUGGCCUGCUGCCCUCGCUGGCCGACUUUGCGCCGGCCGAGGUCAACCAGAGGCUUCGCGACUACCUGGCCUUUCUCUUCGUGCGCGAGCCCUUCGAGCGCCUGGCUUCCGCCUACCGCAACAAGCUGGCGCGGCCACACAGCGCCGCCUUCCAGCAGCGUUAUGGCACACGCAUCGUGCGCCGCCUACGACCACACGCACAGCCCGAUGCGCUGGCCCGCGGCCACGACGUGCGCUUUGCAGAGUUCCUGGCCUACCUGCUCGACCCGCGCACGCGCCGCCAGGAGCCCUUCAACGAACACUGGGAGCGCGUGCACGCGCUCUGCCACCCGUGCCUAGUGCGCUAUGACGUGGUGGGCAAGUUUGAGACGUUGGCUGAUGACGCGGCCUUUGUGCUGGACCUGGUGGGCGAGCCUGGCCUGCACUUUCCUGCUCCGCCACGGAGGCCUGAGAAGGACCCUACGCGUGACCAGGCCAGGCGCCUCUUCCAGGACAUUAGUCCCUUCUAUCAGCGCCGCCUCUUUGACCUCUAUAAGAUGGACUUUCUGCUCUUUAACUAUUCCGCCCCCUCCUACCUGCGGCUGCAUUAGGGAUGCUGGGUGUCGAGAGGGCCUGUGACUGAGCCACCAGGAGGUCUGGAAUGAGCCCAUAGUGUGGAUUGGAGAGCCAUUCACAUUCCGUACUCAGUGGGCCUGCCAAGACCCUGGACACAGGCCACUGGAUUGGGCACAACUCAGGUGACAGUUCUGGCUGGCUUCUUCUGCCUUUGGUUUGAUGGCAGGUGGCAGGCUUCUUUCCAGGACCCCAGGGUUUGUUUUGUUUGUUUUGCUUUGGUGGCGUUUUGGUUGUGAGAGGCCAAUCUCAGUCAUGUCUAGGCAGAGCCAGCCCAUGCUGCUACAGACAGAAUGCCAGGGUUUGGUUCAGAGUGGUCUGAGGUCCUGCCCUGGGCCUUCCUGUCUUCACCCAGACUGGCAAGGGCAGACAUGACUAAAGAGAAGCUAUGUCCUGGCCAGCCUGGGGAGGUGUGUCACCAGGCACUGCCUCAGAGUCACCAUGAGCAGCCUGCUCCUUUGGCAGCCACAGGAUGGCAGAGCCCCUACCGUCCACCUCUGCUUGGCUGGUCUCCCUUUGAUCUCAUUGCAAGAUUCCAGGUCAUUCCCUAUGUCCUCAGAGGCCAGGAUGCAACAUGGUGGCAGUUUUUCCUGCACGCCGGGUUGCUGGCCUGGUCAUGGUUUUUAAAUAAAUAUGUUUUGUUACGUUU